AUGUCUCUGCUGCCUUUGUUGUUUGACGAUUUCUCUCACUCCUUGAGGCCUUCCAGAAUCCACGACCAACACUUCGGGCUAGCUCUGGACCCCGAGGACUUCCUGCAACCCUUGGCGUUGCAGAGAUGGUUGAGGAGAUGUCCUGCGGGAUACGUCCGCAACUGGAGAUCCGCCGCCUCAGAACAUGAUUCCGGAUCCACCGUUUCCUUCGACAAAGACAAAUUCCAAGCCAACUUGGACGUUCAGCAGUUCAAACCGGAGGAAAUAACGGUGAAAGUCACAGGGGAUCGCACUAUCACGAUUGAGGGUAAGCACGAAGAAAAGCAGGAUGAGCAUGGACAGAUUUUCAGACAUUUCGUGAGGAGGUAUGUGCUUCCGGAAAACACCGACAUGAACAGCAUUGAGUCCAAGUUGUCUAGUGAUGGGGUUCUGAGUAUUACUGCUCCCAGGAUUCAAGAUAAGGAGAUCGGUCACAAAGCUAUACCAGUUGUCCAGACAGGGGAGCCUGCUAAGCAGAAGGUAGAGAAAAUGGAGGAAGAUCAGGAGAAGACUGGACCCAAGACAUGA